UAUUUUAAGUUUAAGAAUUAUUUACGUUUUUCACCGAUUUUGUGUAUAUCAAUAUUAAAUUAUAAUCAUUACCGAUCAUGUCAGAAAGCCCGAGUGGUUCAUUAUCACCUUCACAGAAUGAGAAAAACAUAACCGAUAACUCAAUACAAAAACAAGGGGAUGGAGACAUGGACGAAGAUAUCUCAGCUCGUAUGACAGCAUCUUACAGUGAAAUAUCAUUUAAUUCUGAUCAUGGACAAGGAAGUGACGACCAAAAGAUUGCUGGACCCUCAAGACCGUAUGAUUUACCAUCUGAAAAUCGUCGACAAGAUAAACUUCCACUUGACAUAGGUGGCCACGUACGUUACGAAGGUGAUAUGACACACUAUGUUGCGGAUGACCUUGAAUUUAAAAUCAAACUCUCUAGUCCUAUUGCUAAAAGAGGAGAGACUCCAGUUUUUGGUAGUUCUAGUGUGUCCAGAUCCAGUACCCCUUCUGGUAAAUUAUACCGCCAGAUUUUAGCUCCUCAAAUUGGCCAAAUUGAUAUAACAGUAUUAAAUGACUUAGAAUAUGAAGCUCAAAAAAUAGCUCAAUCCGUUGACAAUUUAAUAGAAAAUUUGUCAAAUAUAUUGCAUGCUAAUUCAUCACUUACUGCAGAGAAUAUGGAUGUGUAUAAAGAUGCUGUUGGUAAAACAUGUGAUGCAAUGGAUAACAAUAUAAAAAGUAUGUAUACUAUAUUAGCAAAAGGUGAAGAAGUUUCUCAAGCUAUGAUUCCAGUUCAAGCACAGGCAGCAAGAAUUGCAGAAAUAAAAAGAUUGCUGCAAACUUUUGAGAACAAUUUUUAGGUAUAAGUGGAUAGUGUUUCCAGCUGAAAUCUUAAUUAAAAUAAAUUACUGAUCCCUUUAUCAUGCCUGAAGCGGCUAAGAAGAAAAGUGAUAAAAAUAUUUAUUCUGAUAUUACUACUUCAAACAUUCAAAAUGUAGAUGCUGCUUAGCACAGUGUUGUCAAUAAGAUAACAUAAUAACGUAAUAAAAUGGGUGACAGCAUGCAAUUUAUAAAUAUUGUGCAUAAAAUAAUUUGGAAAUGUGGAUGUGUUUGUAAAUAAGGAGCAGUAACGUAAAAUGAUUAUUUUUGUAGUAAGAGUUUAUUGAAUUGAAGUAAAGACUUGCAUUUCUCACUUAGCUUUUAUAACUCUAAAGUGAUGAACAUUGUUCUCACAGUGCAGUAAUAGCAAUUCAAAUUAGAAUCUAAGAAAUUAUUGAUUCAUAAGGCUUCUUUAUAUAUUCUGCACCAAUGUAUAAUAUUAUUAUAACUUUUAAUAAAUGUUUUUAGCUGUUUUAUUACACUAUAUCUUAUGGCCAUAAAAUGGAACCUGUUCCAUGACACUAUAAUCAUUAUACAUGCUUAAUGUUACAGUAUUAAAAGUUAGGUUUGUGGAGUAUUUGUAAAUCAGAUUGUUAUACCCUUUAU